CACAGAACAAAGCCAACAGACAAGAUGCCUGGAUCAUUUGGAUUGUUUCUCUGUGUUUUAUAUAUCGUUUUCCUAUGUCAAAGCGUCUCAAGUCUUCGCUGUUACUCGUGCUUUGCAACUGGCGGCAGAAACAGAUGCGAGAACUACAACACGUAUAAGACCGCAAUGAGCGGCAAGGGAGACCCGGAAAUGACGAAGAAUUGUACGGAUCCAUUUGAUAAAAUAUGCAUCAUAGAAACAUUUGCAGUUCUGGGAGCAACAGUAUCUCACAUUAGAGAUUGCAGUAAUGACGCAAAUUUUUCCUUCUCCUCGAAUCUACAGAAUAUAAGGGGUGCAUACUAUCGUCUCUACAGCCUUGACCCCACCAAGAACGAGACGGCAUGUGAAUGGGACGGUCAACACCUCGUAUGCCUCACGAAGUGUGUCGGUGACUUUUGUAACGGCCCGAUUCUCGCUGAAGCUUGUGCUGCGCAGGCGAAAACAUUGAUCACAUUUAUGUCACUUAUUUGCUUUGCAUUUUCAUGGCGUUAGUUUGAUUCGUCUUUUAUUGCGUUGUAAAAAGUAUACGUGGCUUAAAUAUCAAUGUAAAUAAUCAAAUCGUAUCAAAAGAAAAAAAUCACAAAUUGAUACUUCGGCUUAUAGUUUUUUUGAUAAAUUGGUUAUUUCCACAUUUAUUUAACAUUCUAAGGGCACGUAAAAUUAAUUAGUUAUAAAGAUUUUCGUCGGAUAUGCCGCAGAUUGAAUUCGUUAAAUGUAAUUACACUAUUUGUAUUGAAAUAGAGCCCGAAGUGUCCACGUUACAAUCCACAUUUUUUUAACGUCGAAGAGCAAUUAUAUUGGUGGUAUUGACCAAAUCACAAGACGCGCAUUAUUUAGUAUAAAUAUUACUUAUCCUUAAAACUACUCUUCUUUUUUAAUGAACUUAUGAAUGAUCUGAUUUAAAUGUGAUGCUAUGAUGUUAAUGUUUCUCAACAACUUAAGGUUUUGCGAAUUACUCGGGGACGAUUCUGAGGUUAGGAGCUUCAUUGAACCGGUUAAACCUCUAUGCUUUCCUAUGGCGGUUCAAAAACGCUGACGUCAGUUUUAAUCAUGUACGCGUCUGGUUGUUGCGUGUUUUUUGUGUGUGUAAUGCUUAUACUGUAUUCCGAUGUAGACUGUUUGUUAUUUAGCCACUUUAAUAAUACAUGAUUUCCGGUGUAUCUUAAGCUCUCUGCAGCCGAGGGUUCUGUUCGUUUAUGUUUGAUUACGUGGCUGUUAAAAGCUAAACAACAGUUCAUGUUUUGUGUUUUUUUAGUUAUUAAGUGUUUUGUCUGUAUUUUGUACCACUCGAAUUCAGCGGUCAUCAUUGUGUACUAGCGAUCAGU